AUGUCACUUCCUUGUGUAUCUGAUAAACCGAUAUUAUCUCAAUAUAAUACUAAAAGAACUAAUAAUAAAACAAAAACUUUACUUAGAAAUAAUUUAGAGAAACCUCAAAAAUUAUGUAAACAUAGUAAAAAAUUCAUAUCUAGUCAGAAAAAUGAAUCAGAGGAAAUUUUAUAUAAAAAUUUUGAAUCUAGACUCGGUUUAGAUUAUGAGGAGAUACUUUUUAAACCAAGACAUACAAGAUAUAGAUCACAUCUUUCGAAUGAACAGGAAAACUAUACAAAGUGUUCAAAUUUAUCUCAAAAGCGUCUUAAUUUAUGCAAUGAUACCUUUGAUCCUGAGCAUGAUCUUUCAGUUAAUAUUCCGGUAAAAAAGUUAGAAACAAAAUCAGAAAAACAUUUCUCAAUUGAAAGGACGUUAUUUAAAAGUCCAGGAAAAGCUAAAAAUUCUAAAAGUCAUAGUUCUAAUAAAGGAUUUUCUGUAACCACGUUUCAACCUUCAAAUGAAAAUAAACUUUUUCAUUCAGAAUUAGAACCAAUAUCUUUAAAAAAAGAGCAUUAUGAAUUAUUUUCAAAAAAAUAUAUACAGGAAAAGAAAGUCAAAUCUAAAGAAUUUAGAAAAAUCAAUAAUAGUAACAAAAAGUUAUUUAAUUUUAAGACUUUUAUAGAUUUGGGAUCUCAAGAAAAUAAUCAAGUACAAAUAAGAAAAAAUAAACAGCUAGAGAAGAUUUCCUCUGUAAAAAAGCAGAAAGAAUCUAUUAAUGAAAACGAUUCUAAUUCUGAUUCUAACUUAAUUAUUCGGGAAAAAAAUCCGUUUGUAGUUACACGUGAAAUGCUUCUUAAAGAAAUUAAAACUUCAUAUAAAGGGCUUAUACGUUUGGAGUCUCAUGUGAAACUUCAAGAUAAUAUAUGUGAAAAGUUUGAUAUAAAUGUUUCGUUUUCUGAUAAAGAUCAUGAAAAAUUCAGAAAACUUAGCGAAUUACAUGGAGCUCUUUUAUUUUUAUAUAUAAAUUUUUUGUCACUUACUCAGCAUCCUUCAGCAUGUCAUUCAAUAAUGAAAAUUCCUAUUAAAUAUACUAUUCCGGCUAGGUUAUGGAAAAAUUCCAUAUAUGCUUAUCUUGAAAUUCUUCGUUCCCAACUUCCAUAUACUAUUGAGCAUCUGAUUUCAUAUAUUUUAUUUUCAUAUUCUCAAAUAACGGUUUUACUUGAAACUGCUUCUACAUUUAAAAAUGAAUGGAUGGAAUGUUUGGGGGAUUUAGCAAGAUAUAGGAUGGCUAUUGAAGAAAUAGAUAUGAAAACUAAAAACCAUUGGAGUAAUAUUUCGAAAUAUUGGUAUAUUAAAGUAUUAAUGAAUUUACCUACACUUGGAAGAUUAUAUCAUCAUUUGGCUAUCUUAUCGAAGGAUAACAUAUUAAAAAAACUGUUUUAUUAUUCUAAAGCAUUGGUUGUUUCUAAAUCAUUUUCAUCUGCUAGAGGAUCCAUACUUUCUUUAUUUGAUCCAAUAUUUAUCCAUAAGGAAUCUUCGUGUUUUUCUGAAACAUCUAGAAAUUCGGACUUGAUUAAUAAUUAUGUAAAACUUCAUGGAUUAUUGUUUACUCAGCUCCAACUUGAUAAUUUUGAAACAAUUCUUAAUGAUCUUCUUUCUCUUUUAAAUAAAGAAAAUAUUUGGAAUAAGGAAGGUGUAUUAAUGGCUAUUACAAAUAUUGUAGCACUAUUUCAAUAUGGAAAUAAACAUGGAAAAUUGAAAUAUUUAAUAAAAGAAAGUAGGAUUAACAAUAAGAAAAAAAAGGAAGAAACACAUUUUUUUGAUAAAGAUUAUAGUAAAUUAAAUCAGGAAUAUUUGGAAAGGGUUACGACAGUUGGAAAUAAAACAGAUAUUUUAUCUUAUGAUCUAAAUAAAAGUGAUCUUCCUGCAAUUAAUCAUUCUUUAUUCAAAACCGUACAUAUUACUUCUACACUAUAUUGUCCUAUUAGUCUUAUUAACUCAUCUGAUUUAUCUAGGAGUCGUCAUUCUAUAAAAGAUCAAGAAACAUUACCUAUAGACCAUAUAGUAUUUUUAAAGGCAUGUCAAUUACACUAUUUUAUUAUGUCACUUUCUAUUUCUAUAACAUCAUCAAACUCUCUUGCAUAUAAUUUUAUAUGUAUGAUAUUUCUAUAUUAUUGUUCAAAGUAUUCAUAUGUUCUUUCUUCUAUGGAAAGAUUUAUACCGUGGCUUAAGAUUGCAGAGUAUUUGUCUAAUAUUAUUAAAAAAAUAAACUAUGACAGCAUACUUGAAAUGAGUGAUCUUCCAGUUAGACAAAAUAAAAAUCCUUUACCUGAGGAUUGGGCUUUAAGAGGUAUAAACUGGACCGAAAAAAUUUGGCCUAAGGCGUAUUUUGAAAAUAUGACAGAGGAUGAUUUUAAUUUUACAGUUGAACAACUUAAUGAUGAAGUUACUGAAAUUAGAAUAAAAAGGAUUAUUUGGCUUGGUUUUAAAAUAGUUUCACUUUCCAAUAUUCUGUUGUAUAAUAAUCAAACUCAACAUUUUACAAUUAGUAGAGAGUAUAUUAAUAAAAUUAAGUUUUCUAAUAAAUAUUAUGGGAAUGUGAUUUUAUCAUUAUCUGAUACUGAUGCAUUUGAAUCAGAAAACGACAAUUACAAAAAUAAUAUAAAAUUUAAUGAUGAUCUAGAAGUACAGGGAGAAAGUGAAGAAAUUAGAAAUCUUAGGGAACGUCGUCGAGCUUUAAAAUCUAUAUUAAGUAAAAAUGAUUCAAAAAAACUGGAAUUUAAUCACAAAAAAGAUACUCAAUACUUUUUUCGACAGAUUAAAUCUGGUUAUACGACUUUAGUUUUUGAUACCAACUUUUUAAUAUCUUACUUAAAAUUAUUUCGUAAGAUUCUUUCCAUGAAUUCUUGGGAUAUUGUCAUUCCUCUUGCUGUUAUUUUUGAAUUAUAUGGAUUAAAUAAUAAGCCCCCUCCUAUUGGCAUUACUGCUUAUAAUGCAAUUAUUCUUAUUAUUUCUGCCUUGAAAACUCAAAAGGCUAAGAUUGUUACAGUUAAAGGUAAUAUACUUCAUGCUUUGGAUUAUAUAUCAGAACAACCAGAAGAUAUUUUUGAGGAUGAAAAAAGAUAUAGAAAUAUUGAUGACAGAAUUAUUCAGGUUGCUUUAUCUCAAAAUGAGAAUCAUGUGAAAUUUCAAAAAGAAUUAUUCACAUCAGAAGAAUUUGAAAAAGUUGUAUUAGUUACAAGUGAUCUAAAUAUGAGGAUAAUUGCAAAAGCGAAAGGACUUAGUGCUAUAUCUGCAAUAGCUUUUAAAAAAAUUAUAAAAGUAGGAAAUUCCAAUUCUUUAUUAAAAACUAAAUUAGCUUUUGAUAGCAAUAUUUAUAACUAA